AUGACAAAAAGAAUUAUUAAAAAUUCGGCGACUAUACGGGAUGAUAGGAAAAACGUAACAAAAGAAAAAAUCGAGGAAAAGGAUAACGGCGUGAAUGGUGAAGAAACACGAAACGUUCUGACCUUAGAAAAUAUAUUGCAAGAUAAUGAUACAGAUAAUAAUAAAAAAGUAAAAAACAAAUUAAUAUUUAAAAAUAUCAAAAAAAAUAAUGAUAGUUCUAUUAAUAAAAAUGAAAUGAGAAUUAUAACUAUACCUAGACAAAGAAUAUCAUCAGUAAAAAAUAAUUGGCUUGAAUUAAUAAAGCCAAUUGUAACAAAUUUAAAAUUAGAAAUACGUAUGAACAAAGAUAAAAUAGAAGUAAGAACAUGCAAAUUAACAGAGGAUAAAAAUAAUUUACAAAAAUCCUCAGAUUAUAUUAAAGCAUAUUUACUUGGAUUCAGCAUUGAAGAUGCCUUAGCGUUAUUGAGAAUAGAUGAUUUAUAUAUUGAAAGUUUUCAAAUAAAAGAUGUUAAAAUAUUAAAAGGAGAUCAUUUAUCUCGAUGUAUUGGUAGAAUAUGUGGUAGCAAUGGAUCAACUAAAUAUGCUAUUGAAAAUGCAACAAAAACAAGAAUAGUAAUAGCAGGUGAUAAAAUACAUAUACUAGGUAGUUUUAAUAAUAUUAAAAUGGCUAGAUAUUCUAUAUGUAGUUUAAUUCUUGGAUCAACUCAAGGAAAAAUUUUCAACAAAUUGAACAUACUUGCUAAAAGACUUAAAGAGCGAUUUUAA